AUGAACGUUGUGCAACGGUGUAAAGUAUACUCUUUAAACCAGUUCACGCAGCCUUUCCAGUACACAUGUGAGGUUAACGGAAAACCUUGUAGUCGGAUCCAUGUGGUACAGGAGACGUUAUCGGAUAACGACAAGACAAGGGUAAUCGUGGAGAAAGUGCGGACGCAUUGUAGCGGAAACGGACUUAUACUCAACAUUUCCUCGCUGCCGUGGGAGCUGGAGAGAACAUACCAUCAAUCGAACCCUUCGAUGCUGGAAUUUGACAGCUUUGUGCAAUUUGUCUCUCAGCUUUGUUCUGACCCCGUGACCGCAUUUUCGAGAUGCCAAACCGAUUCUGAGCAAACAACAACGAAAAGUCCGUUAGCGUGGAUCCUAAUCGAUAAUUUGUCACACCUAGCCAUGGACCCCAAAUUCAACGCCAAAGUAUUGUCUAAACUAAUGAAAACUGUUCAACAAACGUUUGGUUCGGUAAUAAUCUCAACAAGUCUUCCAUUAUCCUUCCAUGGAGGCAUAGAAAGCACUUUCAAGCAUCACAGCACCAAAUACCAAAGUGGUGAUCAGCUAGUUCCCUAUUUUGAUGAUUCAGAUGUCAUUUUAUAA